CUAUAAAUGGCGACGUCCCUUCGUGCGAUGUGAGCAGUCUGACAUGAGGCUGUCGAACGGUUUCUUUAUCUAACUGGAGGUAUAAAGGUAUAACACACUUUGAAUACGUCACUUUGUCACUAGACGACCAUUCAACAUCACCACAAAAGGGAAGUUUUGUUGAAUCCUGUCGGAUUCUGCGACAUUUUUUAUUUCUUCCUUCCAAGAGAAUUUUCGAGAAACACUUCUUGUUUGGAGAAAAACAAAGCGAGGACAACAUGAUAGUGAAGGUGUUUGCUUUCUUUGUUUGUGUCAUGACUAGAACAACAAUUGCGGAUGAUACCUGUGGCCAGAAGGCUGAUGUGGUCUUCAUCGUGGACACGUCACGCAGCAUCCAGGAGCCUGACUACAAAAAGCAGCUGGACUUCGUCUCUGACCUCGUGACCAAGCUGAACGUGGGACCAGACACCACACACGUGGGCGUCGUCAGCUUCUCUACAGGCGCCAAGGGCGAGAUCUACCUCCAGGAUCUGAACCACGACAUCCCGGCCUUGCAGAAGACGAUCAAGAACAUCGUCUUCACUAGGGGGAGAACUACGGACACCUUUGAUGGCUUGGAGCUGGCCCGCGAAAAAAUGUUCUCGCAAGCGAGAGGCGCAAGACCUGACGUGCCCCGCAUCGUCAUCGUCACCACCGACGGCAACUCUACCAACAGAGCUAAAACCAAGCACCAGGCGCAGCUAUUACGCGAUAAGGACAUCCAGGUCUUUGCUGUCGGGAUUGGCAAGGUUAACCUCGAGGAGCUGGGCGAGAUAGCGACAGCCAACACCCCGGAUUACGUGUUCAAAGUCGCCAACUUCGACGAACUGCGGAACCAGGGACCGUUCAUCGUGUUGCAGGCCUGUAAAGCCAUAACCACGACCACAACCACGACCACAACCACGACCUCGAGAACAUCUACAACGACCUUGCCAACCACAACACUUCCAACAACAACAACCACAGAAGAGCCGAUCAAAGUGUGCAGCUCCAAGGUGGCUGACGUGGUGUUCGUACUGGACAAGUCUGGCAGCAUAACUUCCACCAGCUUCCAGACUCAGCUGAACUUCGUGUCAGACCUCGUCACGGUCUUCAACGUCGCCUCCAACCAUACACACGUGGCGGUGGUGACAUUUGACUCCAGCCCCAAGAUAGAGUUUGGCCUCACCGACUACUACUCCACACCUCAGAUUCAGAAGGCGAUCAAGGCCAUCGAGUACACUGCUGGCUCCACCAACACUGACCAAGCCCUGGAGCUCGUGGCCACGCACGUGUUGACCCCUGCCGGCGGUGCCCGCAAGGAGGUGGCCCACGUGGUCAUCGUGGUGACCGAUGGCCAAUCAGCCUCUCCCAACAGAACACAGCAGUGGGCCAGAGAGGUUAAAAAAGGAGGAGCCUAUGUGUUUGCUAUUGGGGUGGGAAGCGGUAUAGACAACGCAGAGCUGAUGACUAUAGGAUCUACCCCGGCCAAGGACUUCGUUCACACCGUCAACAGCUACGGCGCCUUGCAGACGAUCAAGAACCUACUUGCCGUGAAGGCUUGUGAGGUGACACCUGGAGAUAAAUUUGUCAACUGCAAGAAAUCCCCGGAUGCUGCUGACGUCAUGUACAUCACGGACUUCACGCACGCUGGUGGAAGUGAUGUCAGACGCAACCUUGACCUGAUCAAAAACGUGACGGGGGGUCUGGGGGUCGGUGAGGGCCGAGUGCGGGUGGGCCUGACUUCCAACAACUGCCCGGAUGUCGGUGACAUAGGGCUGGAGGUCGCCAACUCCGCCAAAGACUUUGCAAAUGCCGUGACCUUAUCGGGGUCAUCGGCUACCCCGCUGACCAACAUCCUAAACCGCGCCAGAGGUAAAUUGACCGUUGUAAAGGAGGGGGCCAGAGAAGGGGUCAAGCGCCUUGCCGUGGUCUUCGUGCACGGCCCCAUCGGCGACCUAAAGCUAUCCUCGAGAGAAGUUCUGAGAGCCAAGUCGGCAGCCAACAAACCCGGAGUGGAGUUCAUCUUCGUGGGGAUGGGGGACACGGUGGACGAGAAACAGCUCCAGCAGCUGUCCGGGGAGAGGAAUCCAUCUACUGUCCGCAUGCUAGUAGACAAGCCAGGGCAGCUGCAACUCACCUGGGAAAAUGUUCUCAACGAGAUUUGUGAAGUUCUGGUGCCACUUGAAGAGUGAAGCCCUGCCUGGGGUCUGGCGCAGGGAAACGGUGUCUGCAAGUGUCAUUAGGCUCAACCCACAGACACUGUCACAAUCACGUGACUGACACGUGUCAUGUCGCUUGUCACCGUCAGGUUUUCAGCUCGUGACAUCUCUUGUCGUGUGACAUCAACAUUUUGUACUAUGCAAGUUAACGUUUUUAUUCAGUCUACCAGUAGACCUAUAGUACAAAUCCACAUCUUGCUGAACUUCAAAACCCUUUAGUCAUCGUCUUCUAUUUGAGCUGCAUCUGUGCAGUGACAGUUGUAGUCGUUGUUUCGUAUCUGACAAUUUGUUCUGUAAGAUUUUUUACGAGAUGUAUUUUACACUGGAGAGGCAGAACCAUAUUUCAUACCGUAUAUAUGUACAUAAGAAAUAUUUUGAUUUUGAUUUCAUUUGUAAUGACGCGAUGUAGAACAAGAAUGGAGUGAAUGGAGAGUCACUUGUAAGGAGGAAAAAAAACUGUAACAGAUUUUCUCCAUGGAUAAGAAGAAGAGUCUCAAAAGAACAAGAACUUUCUUCUUUGCUCCACACACACACACACAGAGGGAGAGAGAGAGAGAUUGACCAAAAUUGUUUGUAUGAAAUAUGUGGAAUCGUCAUUAAAAUAACUUUUAAACAGU